AUGGCGGUUGAGGAGCUUGAAGACCAAGCUCGGACAGAAACUUCCCACAUCGAAGUCCGGCAAGGACCUGACGAACUCGACGGAGACAUCUUAGAGUCCAUACUCUCCCGCGUGCCUCUCCUCCACCUCGUGCCUGCCUGCCAUGUGUCCAAGUCCUGGAACCGCACCGUCUCUUCCUCUCUCCGCCGCUUCCACCGAAACGUCAAGCCCUGGCUCAUUGUCCUCGCUCAAGCCACCAGGUCUCCCUACCACACCACCGCACGUGCCUACGACAUCGACUCGCACGCUUGGAUCGACAUCCACUCUCAGCCGAUGAUCGGAUCCAUCUCCACCCUCCGAUCCUCGAACUCCCUCCUCUACGCGCUUUCUCCCUCUAAAUUCGCCGUUUCAACUGAUCCACUGCACUACAAGUGGCACACGGUGGAUGCCCCGCUGAUAUGGCGCACGGACCCGAUUACCGGCGUGGUGGGCCACCGCAUCGUCGUCGCUGGCGGCACGUGUGAUUUCGAGGACGAUCCACUGUCGGUGGAAAUGUACGACACUGUGUCAAAAACGUGGACCAUGUGCGACUCGAUACCCGCUGUUCUCGAGGACUCUGCAGCCUCCACCUGGCUCUCUGUCGCCGUCGACGACAGUAAAAUGUACGUGAUGGAUAAAGGCUCCGGUGUGACAUGCUCGUUCGACCCGGAUUCCAGCACGUGGUCUGGACCGUAUGAUCUGCGUCCCGAUGAGACCGUUUUUAGCGCCGUCAUUGGAUUCGCUGAGGACCGUUUGAUCUUAGUGGGCGCGGUGGGAAGUGCAGAGAAUUUGGAAGGCGUGAAAGUGUGGGAAUUGAACGGCGUGUCGUUUGAGUGUAAAGAGUUGGUCGGAGAGAUGCCAGAGGCAAUGGUGGAGAAGCUGAAGGGCGAGAGCGAUUGCGUGACGUCGAUUGGGAUGAGCUGCAUUGGACAUAUGGUGUGCCUGCAUAACCCUUGGUCGCCGGAGGAGCUGAUCCUCUGCGAGCUCGCUGAGGGUGGGUGCAGCUGGGGUAGCGUACGGAAUGCGGCGGUGGACGACAGGACUCGAAUGCAGAAGCUGGUGGUGACGUGUUCGAAAGUGGGUUUGCCGGAUUUGCAUAAAGCCUUACAAGUUGGAGCGCUGAGAUUGGUUUGAAAAACUUGGCCGAUCGACAAAAUUAAUCGUUUACUAUUUCGUACUUAUUUUAAACUAAGCUGUUCUUUUUUUUGUUUUAACAAAUAAACUAUGUAUUUGGUUUAGAGCUUUCGUUCAAUUUAGCUUAUCAAAUAAUAGUGACAAAUAAAUCAAUCGAGGCAUUGCCGUA